AUGAGAGAAACUGAAGAAUAUACUCUCCAGGACUCGCCGACAUUGACUAGUCACGCAGAAGCUGGUUAUAACGACGAAAGGGUCUUGGAUGCGGAGUUGACUAAUUCGAGACAAAAUGAAUCGAAAAAGACAAAGCUUGCUGUUCUCAUAGGUUCCGGUAUUCUUCAGCUACCCAUAUGGGGUUUUGCUAUGAGCUAUGGUGUUUUCCAGGAAUUUUACUUCGACAACUGGACAUUUGAGGGAGAUCGCAGCAUCACCGGUGUAAUCGGUACGACUGCGAAUGGAGUCAUGUAUCUAUCGAUGCCUUUCCUCUUCGCUCUUUUCACUCGACAAUGGGCUCAUCGACGCCAAUUUGCUGCUGUUUGUGGGAUCGUGAUCGCCUGUGUUAGUUUCUUUGCGUCUUCCUAUUGCACCACUGUCUGGCAGUUACUCGUGACUCAAGGAAUUACCUCUGCAUUUGGAUGUGCCCUUAUCUAUAGUCCAAUGACGCUCUCUCUCGGCGAAUGGUAUACUUCCAGCAACCGGGCUUUGGCUUACGGAAUUGUUCUAUCUUGCAAGAACAUUGUUGGGACCAGCUGUCCAUUCAUGCUUCGAGCGAUGAUCGAUGCAUACGGCUAUCAGACCACUCUUAAAGCUUGGACUGCGAUAGUAGGUGGAUUGAGUAUUUUUGCUAUCUUCAUGGUCCCGACCCACCCUUCGAAAGUCUCGAUCCACAGAACUCGCGCGCGCAAGAUUCCCUGGCAUUUCCUCCGACACCGUUCGAUCUACUUCUACAGUGUCGCCAUUAUCUUCCAGAGCUCUGGCUAUGGUAUUCCACAAACAUAUUUGAGCACCUAUGCUCGAGACGUCGCCAUGUUGUCUAGCACGUCGGGCACCCUGAUGCUGGCCGUAUUCAACGCGCCUGGUAUCAUUGCUUCUUCUUUUUUCGGAUGGCUAAGCGACAACAAGCGAAUCUCGUUUUCAGUCCAGGUCAUAUGCGCCAUUCCACCUCUCUUCUCUGCUCUUUCUGUUUUCCUCUUUUGGGGCCUGACCACUCAGGGUGCCAUUGGCAUUCUCAUAGUCUUCUCGAUGACUUUUGGAUUCUUCUCUAGUGGUUACAGCGCUACAUGGGGAGGGAUUCUUAAACAGAUAGAACGGGAAGCAGCCGAGAAGAACGAGGCAGUUGAUUCUGGGAUGUUAUAUGGUCUGUUAAAUGGUGUCAGAGGGAUCGGGUAUGUCAGUGGCGGGAUCGCUGGUGUCGGGCUUCUUAACUCGGGAACUGUAGCGGCGAAUCAACACUUUGCGUAUGGAAGUUCAUACGGACCCCUUAUUAUCUUUACUGGACUUUCUUCCCUUCUCGGAGGGUGGGUUGUCUUGUGGAGAUGGAAUCCGAAAAGACUAUUGCCGCUGUUAUCGAGAGGGUAA